AUGACUAUGUCAUUCAUAGCACUGGUUUUGGCUUUGGUGGUGGCGGUGUUAUUGUUGGUGGAGUCUUGUGGUCUUUUCAAUUGUCAGCGUCGGAGGGAUAGGGGAUGGGGCCAAGAGGAAAUCGGAUUUGGCAUUAAUAAUCAAACUUAUGCCCCAAUUGAUGCUGCGUUGCGGCAUGAGAAGGGGAAGAAGAAGAAUUGGAAGUAA